AUUGUUUAUUCAGUCUUGGGAUCUCGUGCCGUACGAUUGGCUUCAAUUUGACAUAAGUCAUCGAUACUCUGUGCUGUGUGACCAUGAAAGACUGGUUCAGUUUGUUCGGGGUAGUAACGGGCAAAUACAGCGCCGUCAAUAAUGGAACGACGUCCGCGGCGCAGCAGGCGUCUUGGCGAAGUGCUCAAAGCAGUUUCCGCAUCCAGAGGCAGCCGUCGGUCUUCGUCAACCAAUUCUUCAAGGAAACGCGAUCUUCGACGCACAGGAGAAUCCGCCCGAGAUGCGCCUUCGUCUUAAUGGCCCUGGGAGUUCUCUCGAUGGCUUCCGCCUGCUUCAUCCUCUUGGUGCGACCGUACGACCUCAUCUUCAGAGUGAAAGUGAUGCUCUCGCCGGGCGGCGAGACAUUCGAGCUGUGGCGGAAGCCCCCAGUUAACCUGUAUCUUCGGAUCUGGCUCUUCAACGUGACGAACAAGGAAGCGUUCAUGGCAGGGAAGGAGAAGCUCCGCGUACAGGAGACAGGGCCCUACGUUUACAAGGAGCUGAUGGAGCAUUACAACGUCACCUUCAAUGACAACGGCACCCUGACGACAAUUCCGCGACAUCCGUUGGUAUGGGAACCGGAGAUGAGCGCUGGCAAGGAGGACGACGUCCUGGUGCUACCCAACAUCGCACUUCUGAGUAUCGCCGAUGUGGUGAAGGACACGUCCUUCUUCACCAGGAUGGGUAUCAACCUACUGGCGGGACAGACUAAAUCAGAGGGGCUGGUCACCAUCACCGCGCGAGAUUUCAUGUUCGGCUACAAGAACCCGCUGGUGACCCUCGGCAACAAAUUCAUGCCGACGUGGAUCAAGUUCGACAAGCUGGGGCUUAUAGACAGGAUGUACGACUUCGACGGCGACUUCUCGACGGUGUACACGGGCGAGACGGACGUGCGGAAGUCCGGCCUCAUCGACACGUACAGAGGGUCACCGCUGCUACCCCACUGGAAGGGAGAACACUGCAGUAACGUGAGGGGAGCGAGUGACGCCACCAAGUUCCCGUCUCUCCUACAACCCAACGACACCGUGUACUUCUACCGGAAGUCCGUCUGCCGGGCAAUGCCCACGAGGUUCACCAAUGAAAUGAAGACAAUUAUGGGCCUGCAGUCAUAUCGCUUCACGUUCCCCAACAACAGCCUGGACAACGGGGAAGUGAUCCCGGAGAACAAGUGCUUUUGCCGUAAUGGCAAGUGUUUGCCAGCAGGACUCAUUGAUGUACAAGACUGCUACUAUGGUUUUCCCAUCGGUGUGUCAUACCCUCAUUUCUACCAGGGCGAUCCGAUGCUAGUGGACGCCGUGGAGGGUUCACAUCCUGACAAGCAGAAGCAUGAGUCACACUUCUACAUCGAACCUAAAUCAGGUCUGCCUCUGGACGUAACGGUGCGAUUCCAGAUCAACAUGGUACUUGGUGACGUCAGUGGAAUUACAAGAGCUGCCAAGUUUAGCGACAUGGUGCUGCCAAUGUUGUGGACUGAAUUUCGAAUGUCCAAACUUCCGGAAGAUCUCAACAACCGUUUCAUCCUGUACUUGAAUGUUCUGCCAGUGGUUGAGAAAGUGCUGAUGUACUUGCUGUUCAGCACUGGCAUCAUGUUUCUGCUAGGUAGCAUAUCGCGCAUCCUCCUACUCAACAGAGACCUUCAGAAGAAGUCAGCUAAUAUGGACUUCAGUAGUGGGAACUCUCGGGAACUGAAGCGAAUUCACAUCAAGAACACGAAGGCCAACGAGAACAGACCCAGCUCAGAUAAAGUAAAAGAGGCGGAGGCAUUCUACAGUUCACUUCUUAUAGCAGCAGAAUCUGACGACGUCCCCGAGGACAACCUGAACAGCACAGAGAUGGACAUACUAGCAGGUGGCGCAUCUAACAUCAUAACUCCAGGUUCAGAUGAAGGUAUUGAUAAUUACAGCUGUGACAAUACUGAAAAGCCUCCACCCCAGUAUGAUCUGAUUAACUUAGCUCUACUGAAGGAGGCCAUUGUGUGACUUGAAAGCAAAGUUAGUUUGGAAACUUGUUUGACUUCCUUGAUAGGCAUUCGUUCUUAACUCAGGAAUAUUUAGAAGACUCUGAAAUAUUUCUACAACAGACAUUAACCCUAACUUUGUGGAUAUUAUUCCAGCAACGGUUUGCCUUCAAGAGAAGUAGUAUAAAUGUGCUUUAAUUGUGAGAUAAAUCUCCACAACUAUCUUACAACUGUGUACAAGCUCUGGAAUCGAAGCCACUUUGAUUUAAACAAAAAAUGACUUUACGUCUGUCUGUCUGGCAUAUGGCUUCUCCUGCAGACUCUUGCCCAGACUGACAAUCAAUCAAUCAGUCAGUCACUGAAGAUUAGCGAUGGAAAGUUUUGUUAUGUUAUGUCGUGAGAUUAGUGCGGACUGUGGCACAGGACAAGGUUGUGAGUGCUGGUGGAACCAGCACAAACGGAGUACUAGUAGUGUAGUUGUACGUGGAAGAAAUCCAGGGUCAGAAAGAGACUCCCACAGAGUUAUUAGAAUUAAAAACCUGGAUAAAGUUAGUAAAGAAGGUCUCCAUGAUGACACAAGAAGUCACAGACCCUGGUGAAGUUCCUGCCAAAUUAAAAAGAGUUUCAAGGAAUGAAUGAUGGCUUUGUCCACAAUAGCAAUUAUAUUUCAAGUGUCAUUACGGAGCCAUCACACGUAAGUACAAUGGCUUAUCAGGCACAGAGUACUGAACAUUUUCCAGUGUAGAUCUCAGUACAAUAGAGAACUU